AUGUCUGCCGGAUGCGAGUCCACUAUCGAGCGAAUCCCUUCGCGGAUCGAGUUACUUGCCAACGAAUUACUUGGCCCGACACUGAACGAAGCCCUGAAAGACACCCUGACCGACGAUGCCCCAGCGUCAUACAUUCUGGUUUCCGAAGGCUCUCGCGACACUGUUCUCCUCUACGGCCGACGACGAGUAUUGGCGUUGAUGUGCAAGAAAUUUCGCGAAGUACUGUCCGAUUCAUCGGCUAUUCCCAGCAGCCAUCAACUGUCGAGGAUGUACCUACUCAAAGAUGACGGCUUGCGGUUCUUCUUCGAUGCCGAUCACCAAAAGGUUCAGGCCCGACUCGACAGGGCUUACGAGGCUCACAUGUCGCUGCCCGAGACUGAAGAAUCCAAGUCCAUGGGGUACUAUCCCAGCGGCAUCGGGUUUCCUGAUUGGUACGAUAACUUUGUGAAGGGGACGGGUGAUCCGAGGAACACGACCGACCCGGAAAAUACGGCAAGCACGGAAAGACUGGAGGAGAACAACCUGACUCACCUCGUUGUGCUUACUCCCGUCGCCUCGGCCGUCGAGAUCAGCAGCGAUCCCAAGAGGAGCAAAGCUUUCUCCUUCGCUCAUGUCGACAAUCUGGCGUUCAGCUUCUAUGAGGCCGCGGGAUGGCCUUCGCGGGACAAGAGCGAUGUGUCACACAUGUUCCCCUACCUGAAGCGGGUCAUCCUUCCGAGUGCAUGGCGCGGACCGGUGGAGAAAACUGAAGCGGCUCACGAGCUCAAUACCCACGCCUCUAUCAGUACUAGAAAGACCACACCGAAUGUGACGCUAUGGGACGCUGUCGAAACAGUUGGAAACAGGUGA